AAGCCAUGGGUGUGGAAGUAGUGGGAGCUGAUGUUACAUCAGGCCAGGUUAAAGGUAUUGAAGGGAAUGACACCUUUCUUGCUGAGAUGGACAGUAAGACAGAGACAAAUCUUGGUCAGGAAGCUGGGGAACCAAUUAAAUCUGGUCUGGGUGAUAACUCACAUGGAACAAAAGAAGAGACAAAGGAAGCAGAUCAUGUCACAAAUGCCAAUUUCCCAAAGGAUGCUGUGGAUGAGUGGCCUGCUCCACAACAAUUCCAUACGUUUUAUUUUGUUAAAUUCAGGUCAUAUGAAGACCCUAAGCUGAAAGCAAAAAUUGAGCAAACUGACAAAGACAUUCAGAAAAAGAAUCAAACACGAUUUCAGAUAACUGAAGCAUUAAAGGCGAAAAGGUCUGAAAGAGCAAAUGUGAUUUCACAGCUAAAGCCUUUGACUACAGAGGACAAACAAUACAGAGCAGUUAUGGAUGAGAAGAGAAAGGAAAUAAAACCACUGCAGACUGCUUUGGGCAAGCUCAACAGUGCAAAUAAUGUGGUGAGAGAGAAGGGCUUGGGUCUAUGCUCUUCAGAGGAAGAACUUAAUGAUCUUAUUAAGAGUCUGCAAUAUCGUAUCAGUCAUGAAAGCAUUUCCUUAGAUGAGGAGAAACAAUUGAUGAGGGAAAUCAAACAGCUUGAAGGAACAAGAGGGAAAGUGAUUGCUAAUGCUGCUAUGAGGGCUAAGAUUCAGGAUACGUUAGGUCAAAAAGAAGCUAUACAAGACCAGGUUAAGGUAAUAGGUGGUGAUAUUGAUGGAGUCAGAAAGGAGCAACAAUCCGUUAGGGCAAAAAUUAAGCAACUGGAGGAAGAACUGAAGGCCAUAGAUGAGGAGAUAAGUUCCCUGCAGGAGGAAUUGACUUCAGUGACUGAAAAAAGGAACAAGGCAUUCGAAACCCUGACUGAACUGAGAAAAGCACGUGAUGAAGCGAAUGCAUGUUAUUAUCAAAACCGUUCACUCUUGAACAAUGCCAAGGAACUCGCUGCAAAGAAGGACUUAGCAGCAUUGGAGGGGCUUUCUCACAGUGAGGUUGAAAAAUUCAUGUCACAAUGGAGCAGUAAUAAAUCCUUCAGAGAGGAUUAUGAGAGGAGAAUAUUGCCAUCACUUGAUAUUCGACAGUUGAGCAGGGAUGGCCGAAUGAGAAAUCCUGAUGAAAAGCCCAUUAUUUUGGAGGCCACACCACCCACUGAAUCAGAGACAAUGACUCCACUGAAAGCAAAUGCAAAACGAGCAAAGGAGGCUGUCAAGUCUGCUGCACGGCCUGAUGCUGCCUCUACUCAGAAGGCCCACAAUGAAAAAAUCAUCGAACCAAUCCAGGUAGAACCAAGAGGAAAGGUGGGUGAUCUGGAGGACAUAAAAGAUAAUGAUGGUACUGAAAAAUCCCAGAAAGAGCUGUCAAAGUCUUAUGAAAUUGAUGCUGCAAAGUUGAAGGAGAUGAAAAGAGAAGAGGAGAUUGCAAAAGCUAAGUUAGCCAUGGAACGGAAGAAGAAGUUAGCAGAGAAAGCAGCAGCAAGGGCAGCAGCCAGAGCUCAUAAGGAAGCCGAAAAAAAGCUCAAGGAGAAGGAGAAGAAAGCUAAAAAGAAGGUUGGACCAUCAGUACCUGCCACAUCUGAUGAGCAGAUUGAGAUGGAUGCAGAGCUUGUGGAACCAGAAGAAGCUGAUGUAAAAGAAGAUGACCCCAUUCCAGUGAAAGCUAAAGAGCAAAAGCAGAAUGUUAGGUACAGGAAUUUAGCAAAAAGUCAGAAUAGGCUUCCAAAGGUCAUCCUCAAAAGAAAAAAAUCACAAUCAUAUUGGUCAUGGGCUGUUCCUGCCACCAUAUUAGCUCUGGUGCUCUUGAUGCUUGCGUGCUACUUUACUUUUUGGAGAAACUGAUGUGCUAGAUGAAUUAGUGCUGAUGGACCAAUUUUGCAGUCGGGGCAAUCAGAUAGCAAUGAACUUAUCUUUUUAGUUUGCUGGUAGAUGUACCAGGCACUUUUUAUUUUGAGGCAAUUCUGGUGUGUUUUUGUAGAAACUGAAGGAGCGUGCGAUGGUUCUGUAUGAGAAAUCAGCUGGUCUCAGUUACCUUUUUGAGGCUUGCACACUAUUUAUGGGGUCCGAUUUUAAACGGAUGUCUGGAGAACUGGAAUAAGAUGUUUAGGGAUAUUGUCAUUAGAAUAUAAUAUCUAUUCAUAUAGUUAUCAGUGAGAGUUAUUUGUAUUUUUAUGGAUAAUGAAUAAUCUCAUUGUGAACAUCAGUAAUUUCAGCCAUGACACCAAGGGCAACCGCAGUUGUUUUAUCCCA